GACACUCGUCCAGCCUCAAUCAUCAGCACUUCGCAUCUCUUCCCUGAGCAAUGAAGGCGUGCGCAGCAACCGUCGUCCUCCUCUUAGCCUAUGUCAGCCACGUUUCUUUAGCUUGCCCGCCGCUGUGCAAAUGCUACCCGAGAAGAGCCGAGGUGGUCUGCAAUCAGGUUCCCCUGACGUCCUUCCCCUCUGAGGGCCUGCCUAGGAACACCAGCACCCUCACCAUCCAGUUCACUAACAUCACGUCCAUCACCGAGCAGGAUCUGGAAGCUACGCCCCACCUGAAGGAGCUCCAUUUGUUCAACAACCGCCUGAAGAACCUCUCCUCGCAUCUUCUCAGGGGCGUUCCUCAUCUCACAGCUUUGGACCUGACUGGCAACGAAUUGACCCACUUGCCCGCGGACGUCUUCAGCCACGCUCCUCUUCGCAGCCUGGUGCUCAAGAACAACCUGAUGGAGAUAGCGGACGCCGGGUGGAUUCCGGACAACAGCAACCUGACUUGGCUGGACAUUUCUGGGAAUCGCUUGACCAAAAUCCCAGCUGACUUCCUCCAGAAGAUGCCACAACUGGAGAGCCUCGACUUCUCCAACAACCUCCUGGAGACCAUCUCUGCAAAUGCUCUGAAUCAACUCACCAAGCUUGAACGCCUAAACCUGCGCAACAACAAAUUGGACGCCCUGGAUGUUUCCAUUCUUGCUGGCACCCGUAACCUCACCUACUUGUUCCUGUCCAGGAACCGGCUCACACACCUCCCUGAGAAUAUUUUCCAGGAGCUCACUCAGCUCAAACACCUCAGCCUGGAUGACAACAAGCUGAGCAACAUCCCCACGGGACUGCUGGACAACCUUGAGUCUCUGGAUGCCGAAGGACUGGACCUGACCGCCAAUCCUUGGUUGUGCAACGGUCAGCUGGAGUACCUUUUCAGGUGGCUCCAGAAGAACCAGACGACGCUCUUCCUCCCUGAGACCAUCACAUGUUCUGGUCCGCAGUCUCUGAAGAGCCGCUCAGUUAUGUCAUUGACAGAAAGUGAACUAAACCUUCAGGCCUCGUAAUGAAAACAUUGCAACAAGUAAUACUACUAAGCUAGCAAUACAGACAUGAUAAAAAUGGUGGGAAUCUUAACAUAAGGAUGUUCAGUUGUAAUUAAACUUAGUUGUACUCAUUAAAUUGGUUAGUCUAUUAUUGGUUACCGUGGGGUGCAACAUAUUCAUUAAUAAAUUAACCUGUGGUCACCUCUGUUUUCCACU